AUGGACAACGGUUACGUAGGAAGUGUUACUAGCAGUAUCAAUACUGGCAGCCCAAAUACUGUUAGAACCGGAAAAAGAUCAAAAUAUACCACGCCCUGCGACUUAUGUUCAGUAAGAAGAAUACGUUGUUCUGAAGUCAGACCUUGUUUAGGUUGUAUCAAGAGGGGAGUCGAAUGUACCAAUAACAGAAUCAAAAAGAAGAGUGGUCCCAAGGGGAAGAGAAAGAAACGAGGUACAACUGAUACGGAGAAAGAAUCUCCCAGAUACGACGAUUAUGAAGCGUCAGCACAACCUCAGAAUGAUUUCACCCUGCCCAUGAACCAACCUAUGAUCUCACCACCUCAACAACAGCAGCAGUAUAUCCUAGAACAUCCCCCCAUGGGAUCGUUCCAACCUCCACCUAUGUCCUUUGUACAAGCUUCAGUAUCGAUGGCAACAAAUGGGACAUCUAGGACUUUGUUUGAAGAUGCUGCCAUGUCAUCACAGAGAACCUCAGUGGCAUCAAGUCAAUAUGAACCAUCAUCAGCUGGCCCCUCGUAUCAACCCAAAAAGAACCCCUUUUAUAAUAAAGAACCAUCACCACCUACUGCAACCACUACCGAUUCACCGCUAUUGGCAUCUUUAGCAUCAUCAUCAUUACCUUCAUCCCCUGAAUCAAUCAAAGUAUCACCCACUGAAGCUCAGAUUCUAAUAUUUAAUUAUCCCCUUGAGAUUAUUUUGAAAUAUCUUGAUAUUUAUCAUAAGAUGUUUUAUGGAAUUUGGCCGGUGAUUAAUAUAAGUAAUUUAAUUUCCAAAUUAAUUGCAACUGGUGAUUUUUCUCAUAUGGAUCUAGAAGGUUCAAUAGUAUAUACACAAGCAUUAUCAAUAUGUGGAGCGAUCUCUAAACAGGUGACAUUUUUAACUGAACAUGCUAAAUUAAUCCAAAAUGGGAUCAAUGCCGAAUUGUGUAUUAAAGAAUGUGUUCGCGCCCGUGAAGAAUUUAAUCAUAAAUUAAAACCAGAUGUUAAUGUUAUGAUAGUUUCUUUGUUUCUUUAUGAAUAUUAUAUAAAUACUCCAGAUGGAACCAAACUUGCCAUGUUAUAUUUACGAGAAGCGAUUUCAAUUGCUCAGAUAUUGGAACUUCAUGAUCCAAAUACCUAUAUGACCAUGUCAAUACAGGAAUCUCACCAAUUAAGAAAAAUGUAUUAUAUGUUAAUGAUUACUGAACGAUAUAUGUGUAUUGAAGAUGGAUUACCGGUGAUAUUGGAUGCUUGUAUUCCAUUCCCAACAUUGGAAGAUGAAGAAUAUCCGGAUUUAUUAACUGGAUUCACGGAAUUAUUAAAAUUAUUUUCAGUACCUGAUAGAUCAUUUUUCGAUAAAAUGGCAAAAUUAAAGAAAUUAUCCAAUAAUCUUGAGUAUUUACAAAAUUUCUUACAUGAUCCAAACACCGUCCCUACUGAAAGUUGGUUAGUCGAUGUUGACAAAAGAUUAGAUGCUAUCAAAGUAGUGAAUUUCAUUUCUGAUAUUCAAAAAGUUAACAUCCUCCUAUCCAAACAUUGGAUGAAAUCCUUAACUUGGCAUAUCGCAUACAAAAAUGGAUUGCUCCGUCAGAAUGAUAUAAACAGCGAUCAAUAUCCACAUAAUAACCCGGAUGAUGAAACUAAUUGUUUAAGUCUCGCCUAUCCCAAAACCAUCGCCUAUGAUUUCUUAAGUUCAGUAAGCAAUCUUCCAAUAUUCGCAUUUGAAUCCAAUGGACCCGGGGUUGUGGUGAAAUUAUUAGAAAUCGCUCAUGGAUUAGCCGAUUCAAUUAAUGAUCUAUCCCUAAUCAAAGGAGAAAGUUUUAAUCCAUUACCGGUUCAAGAUGCCAUGAAUUCCAUUUUUACACUCGUGGCGAAAUUUAAAACUGAAGUAACAUUACCUACUGAUCUUUAUCGUAGGAUUGAAACAAUGGUUAAUAAUUUCUCGGUGCCUAGACCAUUGGGAUAUUUUGAAGAAUUGGAUAGUGAUGAUUCAAAUUCUCCAUAUUCGAGAUUUAAAGACACAUUUACUCAUAAUGAUUUUAUCCAUAAAUUAACCGAUGAAGUAUUUGGUGGUGGAGAUGGAUAUCAUCCUGCUGGUAGUAGUAGUAAUAGUAGUAGUAGCAAUGGUCAGAAUCACAAUGAGAAUAUAUUUCCAUUUUCUGAUAUGGAAUUGGAAACUAAUGAUCCUAGGGAAGUAUAUGCUAUGAUUACCAGUAGAUUAACUCCAGCUCAGAUGGAAUCGUUUGAGAAUUGGUUGACUAGUGUUCCAAGUACUACUAUGAGUUCAGCGGCUCCAUCUCCUAGGUUUACGACAAUCGGUUGA